AAACCUAAUAGGCCCGUCGGCUUCUGGGGCAAAAUUGUCGGCUCUUUGUGCGUGAUCGCUGGUGUGCUGACAAUCGCACUGCCGGUACCGGUUAUCGUCAGUAAUUUCAAUUACUUCUAUCACCGCGAAACGGAUCAGGAGGAGAUGCAGAGCCAAAAUUUCAACCACGUUACAAGUUGUUCAUAUUUACCUGGUGCACUAGGUCAACAUUUGAAAAAAUCCUCACUCUCCGAAUCGUCAUCGGACAUUAUGGAUUUGGAUGAUGGCAUUGAUGCAACCACGCCAGGUCUGACUGAUCAUACGGGCCGCCACAUGGUGCCAUUUCUGAGAACGCAGCAAUCGUUUGAGAAGCAACAGCUGCAGCUACAACUGCAGCAGCAGCAGCAGCAGGGACUCCAGCCGGGACAGCAGCAGCAGCAGCUCGGCCAGAACGGCCUGAGGAGCACAAACAGCUUACAGUUAAGGCAUAAUAACGCAAUGGCCGUCAGUAUUGAGACCGACGUCUGACUACUAGUCAAACAAAUGGAAAACAGACGAAACUUGCGCAGUGAAAUGUUACGUUGGAUGCCAGAAACGUCAUCAAAAGCAGUCUAAUCUAGAAUUUUAUUAAUAAAUAAAUAUUAAAGUAACAAAAAUAAUUAUAAUUAUAAUUAUAAUAAUAAUUAUAAUAAGCAGCGUAGUUGUAAAUUAAACAGCAAAUUGUAAAACAGACUACACCCAAACACGCAUACACACGCACACACACACACACACACACCUACACACACACACACGCACAGUCAGUGUGAGAGAUACAGCAGCGGCUUGAUAAAGUAGCUAUAUAAGUCGGAUUAGCGAUAGUCUUUUUUUAAUAAAUUCAAAUUCGACAGCCACACUUACACAGCUGCUCAAUGAAGACCAUGACACACACACACCAACACACACACACAGAACAGAUAAAUGAAAAACUUAAUACCUAUGUUCAAAUUUAGCAAUUAAACAACUAACAAUCGUUAUAGUCAAACAAACAAAACGAAGAGGAAAAUGCAAAAGAGGCAAAAUAACAAAAAAAAAACAACAAAAGAAGAAAAAAAAAACAAAAACAAAAUGAGAAUUAUCUUAGUAGUCUAAUCUAAUUGGAGUUUCUUCCUUUCUUUAGAAGCUAGCUAAAAAAAACAACAAAAAAA